CCCAGAGCCCGACCCUCUAUUUGAAGGCUCCGACGCUUCCCUGAUUCACCACCUCUGCGCUGGACGUUAUCCUUCGGGGACCCAGCGCAGCCAGGAGAAUCGCAGGAGAAUUUCUCACCCUACGUUAUGAACCAAGAAGUUCACCUUGAGGGGUUGAGCCUCCAACCUGGAGCUCGAAUAAAAGUAAAGGGAUUCAUACAGGCUGCUGCCAAGCUAUUUAGAAUAAACCUGGGCAAGGAUGAACAGAACAUUGGCCUGCACUUCAAUCCGCGCUUCAACUAUAUUGGUGAUCACAAUGUCAUUGUCUGCAACUCAAGGAAGGGUGACCGCUGGGGUGCAGAGCAAAGGGAAACCAAUUUCCCCUUUGAAGAUAUGCGCACAGUGGAGGUAAACUUUAUCUUUGAAGGGAAGCAGUUUAGAGUGAAACUGCCUAAUGGCCAUGAGUUCACUUUCCCCAAUCGCCUUGAAAUGGAAGAAAUCAACUUCCUGUCUGUUUAUGGUGACUUCUAUGUCAGAAGGGUGGACUUUGAAUGAGCACUCCAAGCAAGCCAACUUCAGACCAUUCUUGCCUCUUGGGGCCCUGUUUUUACUAAUAAAAGUCCUGAUGAUGAUAA